UCCGUUCCGCUUGCGCGGAGAACCGAACAGCCUGGGCGCCGUCGUGCGCGGAGGCACCGCUUUGGGGCGGCGGGCAUUCUGCUGCUCCCCAACGGUGCCAACGCUGGACGCUUUCUCGCCGCUCACAGACAGGUAACCAUGACCUCACUCCCCGCUCGAAUCCCCGGGGACCCCGACUUGUUUCCGGCGGGCUCGACUCCAGCCAACCAGAGCGCAGAGGUGUCGGAGGGCAAUGGGUCUGCGCCGGGCCCCCGCGCCCCGGCGCUCACCCCGUUCCAGAGCCUGCAGCUCGUGCAUCAGCUGAAAGGCUUGAUCGUGCUUCUGUACAGCAUCGUGGUGGUCGUGGGGCUGGUGGGCAACUGCCUGCUGGUGCUGGUGAUCGCGCGGGUGCGCCGCUUGCACAACGUGACCAACUUCCUCAUCGGCAACCUGGCCCUGUCCGACGUGCUCAUGUGCGCGGCCUGCGUGCCCCUCACGCUGGCCUACGCCUUCGAACCUCGCGGCUGGGUGUUCGGCGGCGGCCUGUGCCAUCUGGUCUUCUUCCUGCAGCCGGUCACGGUGUACGUGUCGGUGUUCACGCUCACCACGAUCGCCGUGGACCGCUACGUCGUGCUGGUGCAUCCGCUGCGCCGGCGCAUCUCUCUGCGCCUCAGCGCCUACGCCGUGCUGGGCAUCUGGGCGCUGUCCGCGGUGCUGGCGCUGCCGGCCGCCGUGCACACGUACCACGUCGAGCUCAAGCCCCACGACGUGCGUCUCUGCGAGGAGUUCUGGGGCUCCCAGGAGCGUCAGCGCCAGCUCUACGCUUGGGGACUGUUGCUGGGCACUUACCUGCUCCCUCUGCUGGUCAUCCUCCUGUCCUACGUCCGCGUGUCGGUGAAGCUCCGCAACCGCGUGGUGCCCGGCAGCGUGACCCAGAGCCAGGCCGACUGGGACCGCGCGCGCCGCCGCCGCACUUUCUGCUUGCUCGUGGUGGUCGUGGUGGUGUUCGCCGUCUGCUGGCUGCCGCUGCACGUCUUCAACCUGCUGCGGGAUCUCGACCCCCGGGCCAUCGACCCCUACGCCUUCGGGCUGGUGCAGCUGCUCUGCCACUGGCUGGCCAUGAGCUCCGCCUGCUACAACCCUUUCAUCUACGCCUGGCUCCACGACAGCUUCCGCGAGGAGCUGCGCAAGAUCCUGCUCUCCUGGCCGCGCAAGAUCGUGCCCCACGGCCAGAGCAUGACCGUCAGCGUGAUCAUCUGAUGCCACCGCGCCGGGCCCUCCGGGCUGGGGAGCUGCGUCUUCCUCGGCCUCAGGGUCCACCCCAGAGGUCGGACAGGAGAAAUUAUUUCCAGCAGCAGACCUAAGCCAACAUAGGGCGAAAUUCCCAACACUAGCCCUCUUGUUUUGUUGUCUUGUCUAGUUCUUGGGUCUGUGCAAUGUCUAGUGGGAGACCCCAGAGAGGAAAGAGGAUUAAUGACUUAGCUGGUCCUUCUCCUCCCACCCACCGAAAACCAAACACAGCCCUUUCCCUGGAAACAAUUCCAAAACAUGUUUUUUUUUUUUUGUUCAAUUUAAUUUAAUUUUUUAUUGCUUUCUCUUUCUCUGUGUUGACGAAGGAACUGUGGGAGGAGUCUAAAGCAUGCAUUAGGAUGGAUAAAGAUUUGCAGUUUGUUGAGAUAUAAUAUCUGAUAUUGUCUGGCCAAUUUGAGCUCUCUAGUCUCCAGGAUUCCCGGUAAAUAUUUACAAACCAACAUCUUGGAUUUCAGCAUUUCCUGAAAAUGACCUUUAUGCACCAAAAAAAAAAAAAAAAAUUGUGAUAUUAGAACCAUUUGAAUUCAUACUACAAAACCACUGACAAACCAUUUCUCAAGAGGUCUUGUUUUGUUUUCCCUCCUUGCUUCCCAGCUAGUAUAUUUAAAAGGUAAGAUGAAUUAGUCAAUGAAGAGACGGCCAAAGAGAGACAGUUCUGAUCCACUUAGUAGGAUAUAUAAAUUGUCUGUAAGGAUAAACAUCCUCUAUCUCCCCCCACCCCAUGUGGUGUGUGUAUGCAUGUGCACGCAUGCACAUCCAGUGUAUGCCAUAAAACAGAGCUCAAAUAUUUGACUUCUGGAAUAUUCAUGUGAACCAUGUGCUCCAUCAUUCUUUUAUAUCCUCUAAUUGCUGAAUUACGACAGAUCAACAGCUGUCAUCUGUCUGCGCAGCACCUGCUUCUUGGAUGGUCUUGCAACAUAUCAUCCCAGAAAACAAGGGCCUGGAGAAGUUUUACUUAAGGCUAGCACAGAAAAGUAAACUCCCAGACACAAGAUGCAUCAUCACUAGCAUGCUAAUUACAUCUAGGGUUAAGGGCACAAGUGAGCAGGACUGUUGAGCAUUAACCCAGACUGAUGGCCCUCACCUGAAUUUCUUGGUCUCCACCAGGAACGUUGGCACAGUAGCUGGAGCAGCCAGCUUUCAGGUCUGGGGCACGUGUGGCCUGAAGCUAGUAUCUGCAGCAACGCUGUAAGGGUCCAGUGCUUCUGGGGAGAAGAAGUAAGACUUUCCCUCUUUUUGCUUCUCUUUCUUUUGGAAAUGAGGCUCACUUAUAUACAUAUACAUAUACAUACACAUAUAUAUAUACAGUGCUCUGAAAGUCAAGGAAAAGAGGGGACAGUAAUGGGAUGGCAACAGUCAAGUCCCAUCAGACAGACCCACACCAGCUUUGAUGGGAGAGUGAAUAUUUGUAGUCACAGGGUUAAGACUCUGCAGACCGGGGAAAGGCAGCUUGGGAGAGACGACGGACAGGUCUAAGAUGGGAGAUGGAAGUUUCCUCAGGCAAUGGUGUCUAACUACCUGUGAGCUUCGCAGGAGCACCCUGAACUUGUGUGCUAAGAAUGCAGCCAACCCUCAUGCAGAAUGUCACAGCUUUAUGUUCCUUGUCCCCAAGUGGUGGGUAUUAUCCCCCAGGCAAUCCAGGGACAGGUUUCUGUGCUUCUAGACAGUGUAGCACUCAAGAGGCUAUUUUAUUAUUAUUUAUUUAUUUGACAGAGAAAGAGGGAGAGAGAAAGAGAAAAUGGGCGUGCUGGGGCCUCCAGCCACUGAAAAUGAAUUCCAGACCCGUGAGCCCCCUUGUGCAUCUGGCUAAUGUGGGUCCUAGGGAAUUGAACCUGAGUCCUUUGGCCUUGCAGACAAAGGCGUUGACCACUAAGUCAUUCUUCCAGCCCGUCUGUCUUUUGAUGGGAUUGUGUGGAGAGCGCAGAGGAUGGAGGCAGAGGUACAAUGAGGUGGGGAAUGGGCUACUUCUCUGUGGUCUGUGUUGGAAAGUUUAAUCACCGACUCUCAGCUCUACUGCUCCCAGAAGCACCAGGGAGCUUAGAGAGCAAAAUAAAACAGAAAGCGUUGAUGCCUAGUGCUUAUCUCUGGAGAAUCUAAUUGAUUUGAGAUGGGGCCUGGGAUUCAGCAUUUUCAAAGCACAGCAGGAGAUUUCAGUGUGUCCCCAAAGCACCUCACGAAUGACUUUCUUUUCCUAAUGAAUGCCAGAACCAUCUGGAUGAAGCCCGGUUUGCACCUGUCAGAGGUGUUCAGAACAUGGAUUCGAAUUUAACUGUGGGUUGUGCCAUAGUUGGAAAAGACUCUUAGUCUUCAAACGCCUGAGCUGCCAUUUAAAGGGAAAUACUCAUGAUCAGAAUACAGAGGCAUUCAUUCAACAAGUUCUUCAAUUAUUUCUUUUGUGCAUGUCUACUCAUUUUAGGAAGACAUCAUUCAACUUCAGAUUAAUUGCAUUGUCAAGUUACUCACCAUGAAAUAUUCUAAGUCCUCAUUGUCAGGGUGUUAAAAAAAAAAAGCCAAAAUGUUCCCUGAUUAGUUUAAGUCUAUUUCAAUUGUGAGAAGAAACUGUCCCCACUAAUUACUAGAAAACCUGCCUCCAGUUUAUUAUGCCUGCAGCUUAAGUUAAAAUUUUUUAACAUUUCAUUUAUGAGGAGCCUAAAGAGCUGGGUGAAUUGGGCUGUGCUUAUUUUCACAAAUUAUGGAAUCAGCAACUGAACAGCAAAAUAAUUAAUUGUCACCCCGUGUAACAUCAAUGUGGAACUUGCUUGUCAAACUGACUUGUAAAGCUAUCUCUCAGAGAUGGAUUCCAGAGAGAUCCACCACUGGCUUGUAGGUAGGCAAUUUUAUUUCAUAACUCACCUUUUGGCCAAUAUCAAGCCCCUAAAAUGUGUCUGCAGGCCUGCUCCUGCAGGAAGUCAGUGAGGAACAAAGCUGGGAGCAGAGCCAGCGAAGGAUUUGGCAACAGCCUUCCCGAGGCUGACAGAAGGUUCUAUAAUCCUCUUUGCAAGCCUUGUCACUGGGUCUCAUUUUUGGCAGCCGAUCAAUAGAUUUAUCUCACUAAAUCAGCAGAGGAGUAUUUCAAUAGGUGUUGGCAACAGUGACCUGGAAAUAGCAACUGUGAGAGAUGUUAAGGCAACAAUCUUUCGGGUGAUGUAGGCUUUCUGAGCUUUUGUUCCCAUGAAUGCUCUGGCUGCUCUUUUCCAGGUUUAUUUUUUUCAGGUAGGAUGAUCAAGCACCUCUGCUUUGCAUUCCUGAACAUCUUAGUACUCUUUCAAAGGCCAGGAACUCACCCCAAGGGCUUGCACUUAAGAGUGUGCCUUGAUGGUCAGUGGACACAGGGCAUAUCCUUCACAGAGGAGAGGUCAGGAGAACCUGUGGUGCCCAAGGCAGGUCAUUGAUGGAGUUAGCCCAAUGCAUUGAUGUCUUUGCUACGUGUGUAUGAUGAUUGAGUCACUGUGGAUAGCUCCUCAGGCUGGGCUUGUAUUGUGUUGGACAUAUUGUGGGUGCUCAAUAAAUAUUGAAUCAGUUG